CUGUCAAAACGAAAGACUGAUUUCACUUGGAGGUGCAGUGCUUGUGUUUGGCGAUUGAACGAUGCACUUCCCCAUCGUCUUAUUUUUCAUCGUUCUUCAACAUUUCUCAGGAGGAGCCUCAUCUGAACUUAAAUGCUAUAGUUGUGGUACUGGACUGGUACCAGACGUCCCGGCUGGGGAAUGCAGUGCCUCGAAGGAAGAUUCUGUAUGUCUGACGUCGUCGGGAUUUGACCGAUGCUUUUCGAGAUUUGUAACAAAGACGCACAAAUAUAGCAAUAUAACCGAGAUUGUGCUGUUCAAGGGAUGUGGGCUGAGUGCAUUUUGUGGGCAAUUGUGCAAUCCACAGUUCUUUACAAAUUACACUCUCGUCAGUUGCAACACGACUUGCUGUACAUCUUCACACUGUAAUGACUUCAAGUUCUUCCCUCCAACAACUGCUGGYCCUUCAGUAAUUGUCACAACAGCAACGACAACUGCCAACCAAAGUGAUGGUACCACAACGCAAACACUAACGACCAAACAAACUUGCAACGGCACGCAGCAGUCGUUGAAUAAUAUUUCUUUGAUGUCAUAUUUGUUUGUUUUGAUCGUGCUAUCCCUGAAAUUUGUGUAAUAUAUAGAUGUCUGCAUUUUAAAUCAAAUAUAUAAUCUUUUUCAGUAAAUGGAGGCCCUAAAUGGACACAGAUGAAAUAACAUUUCAAUUUGUCAAUGUAAAUUAUAUUAUAAAAGCUAGUUCUGAGAACAAGCACACACUUACUGGUAAGCAAUAAAAUCAAAUCAAACUAAA